AUGUUUUCUCUUUUAUUUAAGUCAGACUAAUGCAAAUAUUGUAAUAAAAAUAUUGCAGUUAUAAGUAAGUUAAUCCAUGAAGCCUAGUGUGAGAAAACUUUUAACAAAUACUAAGUAAAAACAUAAGGUUAGAAUACGAUCACAUAAUCUAAUGUUUAGUUAAUAUAAUGCAGUAUUUGCAAUGAAUAAUUUAGCUCAGAAGAUUAGUUAGAUAACCAUAUUGAAGAUUGUUUCCAAAUUAAUCAAUUAGUGACAUGUGAAAUAUGCUAAUAAUCUUUUCCAUAAUUUUAAAUAGAAGAUCAUAAAUUAGUUUGUUAAGAAGGAUCUAAAAUCUAUAGUUAAUAAUUUCAAAACAAAAAAAAUUAAAACAUGGAGGAUGAAAAUAUUUAAGAUUAAGAAAAUGAAGAAGAAAUGUAAAAUUAAAGUGAAAAUAUUUCUUAUAAUGAUGAUUAAGAAUAAUAUGAAGAAGAUGAUGAUUAAUAGGAAGAGGAUCAUAAUUUUGAAUAUGAAGAGGAAUCUAAAUAAAAUUAAAUGCAAUUCACUGAUGAUUAGAUAAAUUAAAUUUUAGAUAGAGGUGGUUAAUUGCCUUAAUUUGAAGAUCAUGAUUUAUCUAAUACUGGUGGUUUAAAUAAUUAAUAAAUUGAAGUUUUCCCUACCAGCAAAUUUGAUCCAAAGAAGAAUGAAAAUCUAAGUAUAGAUUUAAUAUCUUGUUCGAUCUGUCUUGAUGAAUUCGAAAAAUUUUAAUGGCUUAAAACUUUAGGUUGUUUGCACAGAUUUCAUAAAAAAUGUAUAAAUCACUGGUUAAUUAAAAAUAGACUUUGUCCUAUUUGCAAAGUUGACUAAAAACAAUUUGUUUGA